AUGCUUGAUUUGUCAACAAGACAAGGUAGAAAGAAAGAAGACCUUGGGAUCGUUGGACCCAUUGCUAGUACCGGCAAGGCCAUGGGAGACAAAGAUAAAAGGCUUCUAUGUCGAUAUGAAGGUCCAAUCAAGGUGAUCGAAGAGGUGGCACACGCAUCUUAUCGACUUGAACAACCAAAGUGGAUGAAAAGCCAUAGACAACCAGUCCAUCCGGUGUUUCACGUUAGCAACUUAAAGUCAUUCCACGUUGCUGAAGAAGAUCUGCACCAACAAAAGUUAAGGAGAUCGACAAUUUUCAAAAGGCAGAUUGUAAACAGAGAUGUCAAAGAGAUCCUUGGAUACAGAGUCAUCAACGAAGAAGGUCGUCAACAACAACAAUAUCUGGUUAAGUGGAUGGGGUUGGGAGAAGAAGAGAACAGUUGGGAAAAGGCAGAAAACCUUCGGCAUGCCACACAAAAGAUUCAAGAUUUCAGAAACUCCAAGCCAAUAACACCAGCAUCAGAACAUUGA